AAUGCCACUCUCAGGCCUUCUCCCCAUAACCUUUCACGCAAUGUCCAAUCAAGAACCUAUCAAGUUCUGUCUUGAAUGGACCUAACAACCUGGCAUCCGCAGCUACCUGAGGUAAUAAAUUCCACAAAUUCACCACCUUCUGGCUAAAGAAAUUUCACUGCAUUUCUGUUUUAAAUAGAUGCUCCUCUAUCCUGAGGCUCUGCCCUCUUGUUCUGUACUCUUCCUCCAUAGGAAACAUCCUUGCCACACUUACCAUCUCUAGGCCUUUCAACAUUUAAAAGAUUUCAAAGUGAUCCCCACUCAUCCUUAUAAAUUCCAACAUGUACAGACCCAGAGAUAUCAAGCGUUCCUCAUAUGAUAACCUUUUCAUUCCCAGAAUCAUCCUUGUGAACCUCCUUUGAACCCUUUCCAAUGCCAGAUGAGGAGUCAAAACUAUUCACAAUACUGAAGUUUACAAACGACAAAGAAUUAGUGUACAGGAGUCUCAAACGUAACAACGCGUUGGUUUUGCUGUCCCUGUCCAGCUAUCUAAGGAGCGAUCAGACAUUUCCUUUGCAACAUCAAUAUAUCUGUUGUUCAUCCCUGGAGAUGAAGAAGUAUCCCAUCACAGCUUGAAAUGUGCUUUGUGUCUAAGAUGAAGCUUUUUUUUGCAACUCAGUGAAAUCCACUGGAACCGGGGUGCUGAGAGCACACCAGAAAAACUGGAGAUCAGUUUUUCAACUGCAUUGAUUGUACAAGGGAUUCACUAUGAAUGACAUCUGAAUGAUAAAUUGCCAAAGCAUAGAUAGCAGGGAGAUGUCAUUCUUCUGCUGUCAGUGUGGGAAGGGAUUCAUUCCCUCAGCUGACCCCUAGGCACAUCAGAGAGGUCACACUGGAAAGAGGCCAUUCACUUACUGUGUGUUUGGGAGGGAUCCACUUAGUCAUCCAACGUGAAGAUAUAUCAGCAGGGGUCAUCAACAUAGGGCGACGGACCGUUCACCUGUUCUGAAUGAGGAAAGUGAUUAAUUCUGCCAUCCAAGCUAAAGAUACAUCAGGAAAUUCACACCACUGAGAGACUGUUCACCUGUUCUGUGUGUGGAGAGAGAUUCACUCACUCAUCCCACCCACAGACUGUUCAACUCUUCCAUGUGUGGAAGAGAUUCACUCGGUCAUCUGAACUGCAGAACAUGAGUGAGUUCACACUGGGGUGAGACCAUACAUCUGCUCUGAAUGUGGGAAGGGACUCACUCAGUCAUUCCACCUGUAGAUAUACCGGUCAGUUUAUACCAAGGAGAGACCGUUUACCUGCUCAGACUGUGGGAAGGGAAUCACUUGGUCAUUCCAGUUGCAAGCACAGCAGUCAGUUCACACUGAAGAAAGACCACCUGCUCAGUGUCAGAGGGGAUUCACUUGGUCAUCAAAUCUUUUGGCACACCAGUCAGUAAACACUGUGGAAAUGCGGUUCUCUUGUUCAGACUGUGGGAGGGAAUUUCCUCGGUCAUUUCAACUGAAGGUACAUCAGCGAGUUCACACUGGGGAAAGGCCGUUCACCUGUUCAGACUGUGGAAAGGGAUUUACUCAGUCAUCCCACCUACAGAGACACCACCAGCAGGUUCACACUGGGGAGAGGCCUUACACUUGUUCUGUGUGUGGGAAGGGAUUCACUCAGUUAUGUAACCUACAUGCACACCAUUUAGUUCACACUGGGGAGAAACCAUUCACCUGCUCAGACUGUGGGAAGGGAUUUACUCGGUCAUCUCAACUGAAGUUGCAUCAGCGAGUUCACACUGGGGAGAGACCUUUCAUCUGCUCAGACUGUGGGAAGGAAUUCACUCGGUCAUCUGACCUACUGGCACACCAGUCAGUUCACACUGGGGAGAGGCCGUUCACCUGCUCAGACUGUGGGAAAGGAUUCACUCGGUCUUCCCACCUGCAAGCACACCAGCGAGUUCACACUGGGGAGAGGCCAUUCACCUGCUCAGACUGUGGUAGGGCAUUUCGUCAGUCAUCACAACUGAAGGAACAUCAGCGGGUUCACUCUAGAGAGCGGCCAUUCAAAUGCUCAGAUUGUGGGAAGGGAUUUACUCAGUCAUCACACCUACAGACACACCAUCGAGUUCACACAGGAGAGAGACCAUUUACGUGUUCUGUGUGUGGGAAGGGAUUCACUCACACAUCCCACCUACAGACACACCAGUCAGUUCACACUGGUGAGAUGCCAUUCAUCUGUGCAGACUGUGGAAAGGGAUUUCCUUGGUCAUCUCAACUGAAGGUACAUCAGCGAGUUCACACUGGGGAGAGGCCAUUCACCUGCUCUGAAUGUGGGAAGGGAUUCACUCGGUCAUCUCACCUACUGGCACACCAGUCAGUUCACACUGGGGAGAUGCCAUUCACCUGCUCAGAGUGCGGGAAGGGUUUCACUCAGUCAUCUCAACUGAAGGCUCAUCAGCGAGUUCACACUGGGGAGAGGCCAUUCAUCUGCUCUCGCUGUGGGAAGGCUUUCACUCGAUCAUCUCACCUACUGGCUCAUCAGUCAGUUCACACUGGGGAAAGGCCAUUCUCCUGCUUAGACUGUGGGAAGGAAUUCAGUCAGUCAUCUCAACUGAAAGUACACCAGCGAGUUCACACUGGGGAGAGGCCAUUCACAUGCUCUGACUGUGGGAAGGGAUUCACUCGAUCAUCUUACCUACUGGCACACCAGUCAGUUCACACUGGGGAGAGACCAUUCACUUGCAAAGAUUGUGGGAAGGGAUUUCCUCGGUCAUUUCAACUGAAGCUACAUCAACGAGUUCACACUGGGGAGAGGCCAUUCUCUUGUUCUAAAUGUGGGAAGGGAUUCACUCGGUCAUCCAACCUUGUGACACACUAUCAAGUUCACACUGGGGAAAAAGCUUAAAUAAGCUUUAUACUUAGAAUGCUAAUGCUAUAUAAUUAAACAUCAUGGUUGCUGAAUCCAAAGGCAAGUUCCAAAGUCUGUUCGUGUCGAACUCUGCAAUUAUUGCUGCUGCUCAUCACACCCAAUUCUGCACCCCGGUCACUGGGCAUGGGAUGAGUUUCUUAUGCUGAUGUGCUGAUGUUCACCUUUAAUGGGACUGGUGUUUAAUAUUCGGGAUCUGUGACAAAUAAAUCAGUUCCAU